AUGAGUGCUCGUCGUAGGUCUCAUGCUGCUUCAGUCGACAUGAACCGUCUUUCAAAACUAGAUCGUCUUAUUAUGGCCCAAGCAGUCUGGGAAAUUGGCACAGAAUGGACUGCAAUCGCAAAAAUUCUUUCCAAGCACCCUCUUCUUUCACACCCAAAGUCUUUCUUCACUGCACAAGUCAUAAUGUACAGUUCUCUUAUAAAGGAAGCCGAGCUUGACAUCUCACAAGAAAAUAGUGAACCUAAAGCGGAUGUGAACCUCAAGUUGGCGAAACGACAAUACCUUGCUCGAUACCAGGAGCUACGAGACGACAUCUCAGCCGAAGAAGAAAAGUUCAAGAAAAUUCUUGCUGAGAUUGAAGAUAUACGGUCGGGAUCAUGGGAUGACAAGAUUCGAGCUGAUAUUUCUGGAGUCCCCGAAGAGAAGGUUACGCCAAUUCCCGAAACAACCACGGAAGAGAAACCUGUUCCAGAGCUCGACGGAACGAUAACCACUACGACCGCUCUCCCAACGGAAAUGAAUGCGCCGGUGGAAGACAGCAUCGCAUCUCUAGAAGUCCUACCUGCAUCAACCGAUGCCGAGGUUUCAGAUGCACCUCCACAAGAGAAUUCACCGAAGCUUCCUCAAGAGUUUGUGGAAAGCCCGCCUCAUGACUUGACAUCACUUUCAGAAGAAUCAGCGGAACCUGAUGUGGUGGAGGCUGCAGAAGUUUCUCAUCAACCUGUCGAAGAAUACGAAUCGGAACCUCACUCGCCGCCCGAAGUCCUAGAUGUUGAUAUGGCAGGGGAGCCUGAAGACACGCCGAAAGCUGCAGACCUCGACGAAGACGGUAUGACAUCAGGAGACGAGCCAUUACAAACAACACGCAAAUCAACACGUCGACGCCGAUCGUCUGGUACCACAGUCGCCCAGGCCAAGGCCGUCAAAAGCCGACGCCAGCGACGUGGUACCUCCGUCCCCGAAGACGGUGACACGUUGCCUGAAGCAGACAUUGAAAUGGUAGCGACACCUCAAGAAGAUCAGGCUGACUCUCCGAAUGCUGAUGUUGUCACAACGAGGCGAAGCAAACGAAAAGCGUCUAAUCCAGAACCAAGCGAUGUGCUUCGUGACAAGAAGCGCAUGCGAGAGCCUUCAGAACCAGCGGAUGACGAUGAACCUGGCCCUUCUGGCGCUCGAACACGUCGCCGUGGAGACCGCACGGAAGAACAGGUAGCUCUCAAGCGAUUCCAAAAUGUCAUCGGGAUGCUGCACUCCCAGAUCUCUCAGCACCGCAGUGGCAAUAUUUUUCAUAACCCCAUCAAAGCCUCCGAAGCACCAGAUUACCACGAUAUCGUCAAACGGCCUGUGGACUUGAAAACCAUCAAGGCUAGAAUCAAGGACGGUGUAAUUUCCAACUCUUUGGAAUACCAAAGAGACAUAUAUCUCAUGUUUGCCAAUGCGAUGAUGUACAAUCGACCUGGCUCAGAUAUAUAUUCCAUGGCGGAGGAUAUGAUGUACGAGAGUGAGGUCAUGAUCAAUACACAUAGGCAGACUGAGGGUUACCUAAGUAAUAGGAAAACGCACUAA